UCCAACCGUAAAUUCGACGCUUUCCUCCGACAGUAUUGUCGUGUAGGAUGUCUAGUUGGGGUAUACGGUGGGUUUUACAGUGGAAUUGUAUAUUUUGCUGAUAAAACACUGAAACAAUUACCUUACCAGGACGCGUUUUGGCGUGUUUUGGCGCGUCUCGCAAGUACGCACGACUGGAGCUUUAUGGACACGAAUGCCACAACCGAAGCACGCCUAGUGCACACUGAGAAUAAUUAUGGCACAUUUCACACCCAUAUGCCAGAAUUGAAUGAUAUAUGCCAUACAAUAAAUCUACAUGGUCACGCGCGCACAGCCC